UAUAAAUACAGCCAUGGGCCAUGGGAAAGCUUUGCUUGUAUCGCACCACCACCACCAGCCAGCAAGGCAUCUAAUGCAUUGCCGAGCCCACACGGUGCCCGCCAUGCCACCGUCCUCCCCUCUCGUCAAGCUCCCCCUCCUGCCGCGCGGCCUGCUCUCCUAUAUCCCCACCUCCAUCCUCCCGAGCGGCCGCGAGAGCGCCGCCACGCCCACCACCUGCAGCUCGCCCUCGAAGCCGCAGCCCGCGCCGCCUUGCCCCAAGAAGAUGUCGUCGUCGUCGGUGCAGCAGCAGACGGGGAGCGGGAGCGGCAAGCAGGCCGACCAGGCGGAGCUGGCGCGCGUGUUCGAGCUGUUCGACAAGAACGGCGACGGGCGCAUCACGCGGGAGGAGCUGGAGGACUCGCUGGGCAAGCUGGGGAUGUCCGUGCCGGGCGACGAGCUCGCGUCCAUGAUCGCGCGCAUCGACGCCAACGGCGACGGGUGCGUGGACGUGGAGGAGUUCGGGGAGCUCUACCGUGCCAUCAUGGACGGCGGCGCCGGCGCCGGGGAGGAGGGGGGGUCCGCCGGCGAGGAGGCGGACGACGACAUGCGGGAGGCGUUCCGGGUGUUCGACGCCAACGGCGACGGGUAUAUCACGGUGGACGAGCUCGGCGCGGUGCUGUCGUCGCUGGGGCUGAAGCAGGGCCGCACCGCGGAGGAGUGCCGGCGCAUGAUCGGCCGCGUCGACCGCGACGGCGACGGCAGGGUCGACUUCCACGAGUUCCGCCAGAUGAUGCGCGCCGGCGGGCUCGCCACGCUCGGGUGAGCCGCCGCGCCGCCGGCCGGCGCCGCCUGCAUCCGGCCACGCAUGGAGCGCCGCGCGCCUCCAUGCUUGAUCCGUACUGGAACUUGUAGAUAUUGCUUGGCUUGAGGGGAGCUCACGUAACCACGCUUGAUGUUUCUGUUGGUUCUACAUCUUCUUUUGUUUGCUUUGUCCGUUAGAGAUCGAUUGGCUUGCUAAUUGACUAUUGUAUUGGUUGUUGCUCGAUCAUACGAAUUGCUCGAGGGGAAAAGGUUUCCCCUGUUCUACU